CACUCGGCCCCACACCGCCGCCAGCUCUCCGGCCGCGCUGUGGAGCUCGGCAGCCGAGCCCAGGACAGCGGCGGCGGCACCGGGGACACCCAUGCGGCACCGCCGGCCCUAGGCUGCCCGUCGGCCGCAGCAUGCCGCUCCCUCUGCGCCUGGCGUGGCUGCUGGGGCUCUGCAGCCUCUGCCGCGGCUACUUCGAGGGGCCGCUGUACCCCGAGAUGUCCAACGGGAGCCUGCAUCACUAUUUCGUCCCCGAUGGGGACUACGAGGAGAACGACGACCCCGAGCGGUGCCAGCUGCUGUUCCGGGUGAGCGAGCAGCGGCGGUGCGGCGCGGCGGCGGCGGCGGGCGGCGGGCUCAGCCUGCGGGAGGAGCUGACGGUGCUGGGGCGGCAGGUGGAGGACGCGGGCCGGGUGCUGGAAGGCAUCGGCAGGAGCAUCUCCUACGACCUGGACGGGGAAGAGAGCUACGGUGCCUACCUGCGCCGCGAGUCCGCCCAGAUCAGCGACGCUUACUCCAGCUCGGACCGCUCGCUGAGCGAGCUGGAGGGUAAAUUCCGUCAGGGGCAGGAGCAGGGCGGCCGGGAGGAGUCGCGUCUGGGCGACAGCUUCCUGGGGCUGCUGCUGCACGCCCGCGCCCUGCUCCGAGAGACCCGCCACGUCUCCAGCGGGCUGCGCGACAAGUACGACCUGCUGGCCCUCACCGUCCGCAGCCACGGCGCCCGCCUCAGCCGCCUCAAGAAUGAUUAUCUCCGCGCCUGAGACCGGAGCCCCCGGGCCAGCUGAACACGGACUCCCCCCGGCUUCAAGAGACCCCCCAGCCCUGCCGCCGGCCCCCUGGAAGGCACAGCCCUGGCGUCUGCCUGGAAGGAGCACCUCCUUGGACAAAUCCUAGAAUUAUUAAGGUCGGAAAAGAGCUCCGAGAUGGAGUCCAAACCUUUGACUGAAUACCACCACGCCCAUUAAACCAUAUUGAGAAGUGCCACAUCUACUCGUUUUUGAACAUUUCCAGGGAUAGUAACUCAACCAAAAUACAUUCUUCUUCAUGGAAAAACCUUAUUUAUUUUACCUUCUAAACAAAUAGCACAAUUCUAUAAACCAGGAAGUUCGAGGUAUGUUUAAGUUAAUAUCCCAUAUUCAAAAAUCUCUGUUAUAUCAUUCGUCUUUGGUUGCAAAGUGAAGUAAGCUUUCUCAUCUCUGAUUCCCUGUUGUUUGUUUUUGUAUCACCUGUUCUGCUGUGGCUCACCUGCCCUAAGUGUAGUUGAAGUGAGGUGCUGGCCAGCUCCUUCCAGACUCCUGUGUAGCAAAUACUUAAAUUGCUUUUGUUGUUAAUCCUUCAGGGUGAAACCUCUGGCCCUCUAUUAACUUCCUUUCUAAUGAUAUGUAUUAUAUGCUUGUUCAAAAUUGUUCCACUACAUUAAGCUGUGAUUUUCAUUUGUGUUUGGAAAGAUGGGAACUAUUCUGGCAGGAUUUGUACUUCCAGGCUUGCUUAUCUGUGACUCUAAGCUAUCAUAACCCUAAAAAAGCAGCCAAAAAGGCUUAUGUCAGAUCCUGAGAAUGCCGGUGGAGAUUUUUAUAGCAAAAAGAAUGAGCCCUAGUGGUGAUUGGAGUUUGGGAUCCCAGAUUUGAGAGCCGGGAGCAUGUUUCUAAAGCAGAGGAAAAGGUUUUGUCUGUGCAAGCACAUUGACUUUUCUUGUUGGUGACUUUGUACUUUUGCUAGCUAAGUUAUUAAUAAAACUUUGUGGUCCUAGACAAUAGCAAAAGUGCCUGGUGGGAUGGAGGGUGGGGAUUAUUUGGGUUUUUAGACUUACUGCUAUUUAACUGACAAUUUGGGGUAAUGUGGCUAUUAGGUUACAGACACUGCAGGCAGAAUACCUGUUUGGAUGAAAAAAGUUUAUAGGUUGUUGUAAUAAAUAUUUGAAAACAAUGUUAAAGUACAUUUUUGUUACUAGUUUUCAAGAGGCUGUUGAUUUUAAAACAUUCUGUUGAAAUGUGUCUUUUCAGCAAAAAACUGAGUUUGUAGCCCCUGCCAAGUGAAAUAACUUGCUUUUUAGUAAAAACAAAUAAAAAUUUACGAACUCAUGAGGUAAGCAAAUUUCAUUAAAAGCAACAAUACAAAAGGACUUGUAGGGCAGACUUUUAUUUUUUAAGCUGUUUUAAGUGCUUAUUGCACUGGAAGAAAAGCUGAGGUACUUUUGAGGUCUGUUCUUGUUAAACCUGCCACCAUUUAGUUAUACUUCAGUCCACGAACCAUUCAGUGGGUAAGUUACUCAGCAGUGCAGUGGGUCAACAUAAGUCAGCUUGGACUGGAGUGCUGAAGGAACCAGGAAAGUCUUGUGAAGGUAGGUAUCUAGAGAACCAGACAGCUCAUUUUGCUGAAGGCAGUGAAGUGUAGCCUACUAGCAAGAUACUUUAGAUGUCACUUUGCAUUUUUAAGUUCUCACUAUCUUUAAAGAUCUUUUGAAAAAAGGAAACAUUUUAAUUAUUGACUCUGGUGGAGCCACUCAGUGUUAUUUUUCUGUUCUCAAGUUAGGAAGUAUAUGACAAGUUCUAGCUCUUUAAAAAUUAAUAUAAUUGUGAUACACUCCUUGCCACUUGGGACAGAUGGCACAACUCACAAGAGUGAGCCGAGUCACUGAGUCUUGUGUGCUCACUAAUUAUUUAUAGUGAGCACACAAAUGCUCAUAAUAGCAUUUCUGAGCUGGACCAAGCUCCAGAAGUGCCUGAGACCAGGCUCCCCCAAAGAUGUCAUGCAGUUCCAUUUGUGGCCGGAGGCUUCUUAAAGAAAGUUUUAGUCUCUGUUUACCUACUUUCGAGUCGUUUGCUAUAACAUGAAUUGUAAACAUCAGAAAAUAAACAAAAAUUGCAUGACCAUGCUAUAUUUUUAGGUAUAUGAGAGCAGUAGUUAAAUCCUAAUAGAAAAACAGAAGUGGUAGUGUAAAAUACAGCUUCUUGAAUAUGCCUUAAGAAGCUUGACUGUUCUAUUUGCAGUAGCUAAAGUUUGGUCAAGCUGAAACUAUUCCAGUGUAUGCAGCAUACCAAAAGAGUAAAUGUUUGCAGAAUGUUUACUUUUCAAAGCAGGGGAUGUGUAGUUAUUUACAGUAUAACUCAUUCCACUCAGUGCCCUGUAAAUUGUCAUCUAAUGAAAUAAGACUGUGGUACUUUACAAUCCACACUAAUGUUUCAUAUGAUAAAUAUGACUUAUUGACACUUUUUAUGUUUCAGAAAAAUACAAACAUUUUUAUAUUUGAAAUAUGGCAGAAUUCUGAUUUUGUUUCAGUAGCAUUGAUUUUGGAAGGCUUUAAAUGGUCCUUUCAAGGAGAAAAUGAAGGUAUCUGAGUCUGGUCUAUGUAUAAGUUUUAUAUUUAAUAAAUCUUACCUUAUGUGGGUUUGAUGAAACCAGUACAAAAAUAUUUUCGGACAUUUAAAUCUAUUAGAGCUUGAUUUACAUAAUUUUGGCUGACCUAAGCAAAUGUCUAUGUUAAAUAUAUAAUUUUCGAGUCAGAGCUGAUAAAUUAAAUGGUUUUUAUAGAGCUGCCUGCAAGAACUGUGUGCUUAGUCAUAUUCAGCAGUUUAAAGUGUUAAAUUCUAUUUUUUUCUUUAAAAACUAUGAAAACCAUAUAUUGCAAUAGUCUUUGCAACCUUAUAAAUGUCCUGUUGUUUCUUUUUAUCUGGUAAAAAAUUAUUUGUUUGGAAGGUAUGAAGAUCCCCCAGAUCAGCCUAUUUUAAAUAGCAAAGGGUCUUUUAUCAUUGAAAAUUUGGUAAUUAUUUUUAAGCAGAGAGCUUUAAAAGGAUGAUUGUAGCAGCAGUCAUCUCCAUGAUGUCCUUCUGUUAUGUUAAAAUAUUGCAUUGGUAUUAGAUUAUUUUUCCUUUUGCAGGAUGCAGAAGUUCGAGCUAAAAUUAAGCUGACAGUGGGGUGUAUUUUUUAGUUUACUGAUCAUUUCCAAAACAUGUCUUAUUUCUGAAUUUAUUAAAGAGUUGAUGGUACUGAAGAGCAAAAGACUACUUUCUGGAAAAAAAAAUGCUGCAGCUGGAACAGUCAUAGAGAGCUUACUUAAUACUUAAGUUUUUCAUAAAGAUGAACAGGUUGCCCAGAGAAGAUGCUGUGUGGAUGAAAGUUUUCAAGGCCAGGCUAGAUGGAGCUCUGAGCAAGCUGGUCUAGGGGAGGGUGUUUCUACCCAUGGCAGGUGGAUUGAAAUGAGAUGAUCUUUAAAGUUCCUUCCAGCUCAAAGCAUUCUAUGAUUAGAGUCAAACCAAGGCACUAAGGGACUCACCUCCACUCCUCUCCAGGUAGCUCGCUAUUGAAGGCAGUGCUGUGAUGUGGAUAUUCUCACAUCCACUGAUACACACAGAACAAACUCAGAGCAUGCACAAAACCAUUAACAAAAGCUGAGAAAGAAAAGUCUACUUGUGUGGUGCCAAGUUCAUGGCUAGGAAUUCAGAGGUGAGCGUGCAAACUGGAUUUUAAAGCUGUAACUUCCACUUUCACAGGUUGACUUACCCAGGACCAUCCUCAAAAAGAGACGUCAAGUGAAGCUUUCAAAAACCUCGUGAGCCUUUAAAAAACCCUUAUGUGUGCCAAGCUGGGGUGUAUGUAUUGUCUGAAGCUAAAUUGUUGCUCCUGUGGGUUGUCAUGUACUCAGAUGCAGUUUGGCAAGACAUAAACCUCAUAAGCAAAAAAUAUACCAGGCUUAGUCACUAGGAACAGCCUUGUAAGCUACAGAGCAAUGGCAAUAAUCUUGUCUAGGAAAUGUGUAUUUUGUGGAGAAAGUCUAUUGGAUGUGUCUAUUACUGUUUAUUUAGAUGGUCUUCAUGUUGCUUUACCAGUUUCUUGCUCAUGCUUCUUGAAUAUCAAUUUUGUGAUUAUUAAAGAAGUUUUCAGCUAA